UCCAGAAAAUUUCAUGUUGUUUUUUGCAUCUGGAACGAAAUUAUUGCGCUACGUCUCUGGUAUGUCAGCUGUUUUUGACACUCCCAAUUUCUCUUUUUUGUCGAUGUUAGCUACUCAGCUACGGCGUGGCUCUUUGUUGCUUUGUUAAUCACAUACAUCACAGUGUUCCGCUCGUUUAAUUCUCAACCUGAAAGAGUCGAUGACUUGUUCUAAAUAUAAUCCAGUGAUUUGAGACGCUGGAAACGACUGAAUUUAGAAAUCCCAUAGAAUGUAACUCAUUCUAAAUAUAAAAGUCCCCUUAUUUCAACUAACUCAGUAUUGGAUUGUGAGGCGCUUUGAACACUUUGAUAUAGUGAAAUAUUGUGGAAGUAUCUCGACGAAUUUAAUCUACACAUUUAUCAACAAUGUCGGGGCAAGUAUCUGAACAAGUGAAAAAAUGCUGUAUUAUGAUAAAGCAUUCAUUGAACGAUACACAAAAAUUUGCUGCUUUAUUUAUGGUUACAAAAUUAGUUCAUGGACCAGACUGUACCUUGGCUGCAAAAACAGCAAUUUUCAACGCCUUAGGCUUUGAUUUCCUCAAAAAAUUACUGCUUACCACUGAUGUCCCAUUGGAUUGCCCACCGUCCAUCUAUAAAUCCAUAGCUCUUUCGAUAUUAACUGUUUUCUGCGAGGAACCAGAGUUGGCAUGUAAACCUGAAGUACUAGAUACUGUUCCCAUAUUCCUGGAUAUUGUUAAGCAGUCGGAUAACAGCGAUUAUGAUGAUAACUUAAUGGCAGUUGGUGAAGCUUAUCAUUGCUUGAAACGCAUCGCCAUUACUCCUGCUGGACAAGAUUAUCUCAUUGAAGCUGAUGGUAUUACCAUAUUGAGUGAAAUAUAUAUUCAAGGCAGCUUCCAAUCAGAUGAAGCUUUAAAAGUACUUGGAAUUCUUGUUUGUCGAAAAGGAUCAAAGACUUGGUCAGGCAAUGUGAAAGGCUUUCAUAAUUUAAUGAAUAAACUAGCUCUUGACUUUGAGACAGAUCAGGACAAAAGAAAAUUUGAUUUGUGUGAAACACUGAACACUCUGGUAUUCAAUAGUCCCAGAACAGAAAUGGGAGACUCUCAUCUUGGUGAAACUUGGCCCCAAAGUAUACAUAAAGGAUUGAGUGAUAUUCUCCAAAGUAAAAUUGUAGCACAACAAAGAAAUCCAGCUCUGUUGUUAGCAGCUUCUGGUAUUGAUCUUUUGGGAAUUGAAUGGAUUAUACAAGAGGAUGAAAAAUGUAAACAAUUUUUUUUACUUUUGAUCCAGUUGGCUGCUGUUGAAAUUCGCAUGCAACUUGACGGUAAAUCUUUGAAAGCUGCCGAUGCUGAAACUCGGCUAAUCACAUCUUGCUACAGCAUUCUUGAAUAUGCCAUGGCAUAUAUUACAACUGAUCAAAUGGAUUUAGAUCAGAAAGAGAAACAAACUCUUUAUACAGGUUUGAAAGGUGCUUUUACGACAGUCAUAAAAUUCUUACUUAAAGUAUCUAAUGACAGAAAUUCACCUGCUGGUGAUGAGAAGCUAUUUAUCUGUGCUACUAUAAGAGUUUUAGCUUCAUGGUUGGCACAAGAAACCACAGCAAUGAGAGCACAAGUAUACCAACUGCUACCUUUCAUGCUUGAAAUUGCAAAUGAAACAUUCAAAUGUUAUAGAGCGAACAAAAUAGCAGAGAAAGCAGGAAAUCUCGAGGGAGCUGAAGAUGACCUAGGUCAUGUGGACGUUCUAAGAAUACUAAUGCCUGCUCUUUGCCAUCUGGCUGUUGAAGAUACCUCCAGGAAAAUUCUUCUGAAGAAUGAUGAGCAUCGAUUGUUAUAUGAAUUCAUUGAAUUUCACUGGAGCAUUGUACAUUAUAAACGUCCACCUGUUCCAAGAUCUGAGAGAUUGAAAGUAUUAGCACAACCACAGGUGGAAUUGUCACCAGAGAUAUUGGAAGAAAUGAAUGACUCUCGAUUAGCCAUGAUAAGUGCAUGUAACGUUUUCAUGAAUUUAACUGUUCUUGAACCAAAGUUUGUUGAUGAAUCCCCAGUUUUCAAUAACUUGAUGAAAUUCAUUUUUGAAAAUUUGCCUGAACUGAAGGAUAUUCCGGAAAAUUUGGUACUUCAUGGAAAUCUAGCCGUUUUGGGAUUGUUGCUAUUGAAACAGAUGACUAAUAAAGUUAAGAAAAAUGAUUUUUCCAUCUGCCGAUACAUCCAAGCAACAAUAAGAUUUUUAUGGGAUGCAUAUACCAUUGAUGAGAGCAACGACCCAACUUCAUUAGUUGUUGCAAUGUCAUACAAGAAGCAUUGGAUGGAACUGGCUGAACUGUGGUUCCUAGGUAUGCAAACAAUGUCAAGUGUCAUCUCCCUGAUUCCUUGGAUUUCGGAAUUUGCCAUUGAAAGUGGUUGGGCAGAAGGAAUAAUUAAUUUGUUGAAAGAAGUGAGGAUUGGUUCCUUACCAUCUAAUGUUAAAUUAGCAUUUGAAGAUUUCUUAUGUCAUUUGGUGGAUGCUAACGAGUCUGUUGUAGGCGUUCUCAAGAAAGCUGACGCUUUGAAAGUGUGUAAAAACCAUAGACUCAUGGAAUUUGGUAAAAAAAUGUUUGGGGAUUAAAUUUAUUGUUGAAAACUUAAUUUGAUGUUUGAAAGGCUGAAAAAAUUUGAUAUUUCUAUUAAUGUUAUGUUAGAUUAAUGGAUUUUUUUAUACAAUAAUCAAAUUUUUGUGAACCCAUUAUUUUAAUUAUAUGUAUGGAUGUAUUAACCUUUGGUCAAAUCAAGAUCAUUAAUAUUUUAUUCUGUAUCUAUCUGCACCAUCACUAUUGAUGGCGCAUAUUUGAUUUAUUAUUAUUAUAAAUGUACUGGAUUAGUUUUUUAUGGAAUUGAAUCAAUAUAAUUUAGACGAGUGUUGAGGAAAAAAUAUCAAUUUGUAGAUGCUAGGUAGAAAUGGAUGUUGGUGAUUAUUCAGAAAUCAGAAGCUUUAUUUUUUCAUUAAGAGAGUGAAAUGCCUUUUUCGACUAACAAAAACCUUGGGCAAGUGUGUUUUUAUAUUAAAAAAAACAUUUUAAGAUGAGAUGAUAAGAGAAAUUAAUGAAGCUUAAGUUAAUGUAAAACAUGGUAAUUUCAAAUAUUGUGGCUAUUUUAAACAAAAAUAUAUAUUUCGUGGUAUCAACUCGUACGGAAAUCACCCUCAAUGUGAUCAGUUAUUUAUAAAAAUAGUAUGAGACUGUUUUGAAAAUAUUUCGUGUAAUUGGCGUACCUGAUUUGUAACUUACCACCUAUGAAAUAAAUGUUAGAAGAGUUA